AACAAUUUUCCAUUAAAUCUUGCAGCGAGUAUAAUAGUGUUAAUAACGAUAAUAAAAUACACGAGAGAAAACUUUUCUUUUAUCGGUAAAAUCAAUGUUGUUUUACAUUAAAAUAUACAAUUACGAAUGUUUUAAAAGCAGUUGAUAUAAAAGUAAAGCUUGAGUGGACAUCCGUUUAGUAACAUCUUUUUUUAAUGUUGGAGUAAAACCUUGUUUUUUAUCGGUUAACUAAUUUACCCGAAGAUAUCAUUCUUUACAAUAAAGAUUGUAUUAUUACGCGCUACAUGUAAAGUUAUAAAGGAAAAUAAACUCCAGUAUGUGACACUUUACAAUAAGUUAUUCAACUGUGAGGUUCAUCUAAAGUUACAGAGAUGUUUUUGAAAGGAAGUUUAACAUGUAUAGGGAUUUUAUAUAUACAAUUUGUCACAGCUCAAUAUCAAGACAUCAGUCAUUUACUUGAUGACCUACAGAAAGGAUACAGGAAACAUGUGUUACCGACGAGGAAGACCAAUUCUUAUGUUGCCGUUAAAGUUUAUCCGGCGAUAGUUCGAAUAGACGAUUUAGAUGCACAUAAAGAAGAAUUGUCAUCAACGAUCAGUUUAUCAUUGUACUGGACGGAUGACAGACUGGCAUGGAAUCCAAAAGAUUAUGGCGGAGUUAGAGAGGUUUAUAUGCCGGUAUCCGGUAUUUGGACCCCUGAUAUUUCUGUUUACAAUACGUAAGCGGCAUUGAAUGUAUUAA